UAAAAUCUUCCGAUUGCGAAAAUGAAACUUCUACUGGUGUUGACAUUGGCCGUAUUCAUCGCCCAUGUGGCAGUGGCCCAAAGUCCCGAUGCAGAGGAUGAUGACUAUUACGGUUUCGUCGGAGAUGAAGAUGACAAUGGAGAUGAUAACUCUGUGGACAAUUUAGAUGAUAACUAUGAAGACGAUACUGUCGUCAAUGGUGAUAACGAUCUUGGAAGCGAUGGCGAAGGAAACUCAGAUGGCGGUGAUGACUCCUCCGAUGAUCAAGAAAUUGCUCCUGCUCCGAAAGUAAAAAAAAAUAAUGCCAAAAAAAACGGAGCCCGUAAAAAUAAGAGGAGCAACAAGAAGAAUACAACUCCUAAACGUCGUAAUGCCGCCGCUGCCAAGAAAACCCAAAGACAGACGGCUAAGAAGCAAGCACCUGUUGCCGCUAAAAAACGAACAAAUGCUGUGGCCAACAAACGCAGGCGCUCUGGAUAAUUCCAGCUUAAUCAAACAUAUUGCAAAAUUAUAACAAAUUUAUUGGUUUAUUUAAAAGACCUUAAGA